AUGAGUGGUUUUUUCAUGAUGAUUUUAAUGGUGGCCAUUGCUGUUGUUGUUUUCAUGAGAGUCGAUGUGGUGCAGAGUAAAAGAUAUGACCUGUCCCAACAAUAUGAUCAGCAACAACUCACUGAUGAUUCCGAAUUGUUUGUUAAAGUGUCGUCUGUGGAUUAUGAAAGAUGGAUGAUGCAUCAACCUAAUAUCGAAAAGGUUUAUAGACUUUCAAAGAGAAUAAGGAGAGCCAAGGCAGAAAUUGAUUACAAAACAGAAUACCUCUAUGUUUUGGGUGAAGAUCACAAUGGUGGUGCUUCUUUUUAUAUGGAUGCGAGUGAGGAAAUUAUUCCAAAACAUGCCAAUAUUUCAGUAGUAUUUGAUUAUUUGGACGAAGCAUUGGAAUAUGUCCAUGAAAAUAAGGAUGAUCCCUAUUUACACAGAUUUGUGGUUAUUAUGCAACAGGGUAUUCACAAAGUGAAGGGUAAUGAAGCAAGAAUUUCUAGACCUUUCACUUCUAUUGUUUCGGAGGACCCAAGAUUUCCAGAUAGAACCAUUAUCAGAGCCAAUGAUAUCAAUGGUCAGGUGCUUUUCAUCGAUUCAACUCAUAACAUUACAAUUAAAGGUGUCACUCUGACUGGUGGGCACUUGGUAAAUUUGAAGUUUUCUCACAAGAAUGUUCCAAAACCUUGUGGUAGUGGUUUAUUAAUUUCUGCUUCAAGCAAUAUUUUGGUAGAAUCUGUAUUGUUACAAGCAAAUAAGGCUGCUAUUGGUGGAAGUGUUUGCAUUUACAACUCAACUGUUGUCAACUUCCACAAAUGUUUCAUUAAGAAUAGUGUUUCAUUCAUUAGAAAUAUGCUUCUUACAGAUAGCUUGAAUGGUUUACAAUUUUCUGAAGCUUCCAAUUUCAAUGUUAAUAACAGUAUUUUUGCUCAAAAUUUACCAGCUUCUAAUGAUCCAGAAGGUAUUUAUGGUUGUGGUGGUGGUUUGGGAAUAUUCAACUCAAAUCAAACCAUAUUUUCUUCAUGUGUUUUUGCCAACAAUACUGCAAUUAACGGAGGAGCCAUAUUUACAGUUAAUUCUUCAUUCACUGUAACCAGUAGCAGAAUUAGUGGAAAUACAGCUUAUAAUCAAAGUAGUGGAAUUUAUAGUGAUUGGAAUAGUGAGGUUUCCAUUGACAAGGUUUUCUUCUUGGAAAAUAGAUGUGUUAGAUUGACCUGUAAGAUUAUCUACUCACCAAAGAAGGAAUAUUUGGACGAUAUUUCAAGCUUUAGAGAAGUUGUUUUCCCUGCUAUUUGUAUUACUGGAAUUAUUCUUUCCAUUGGUUUGGGCUUUAUUGGUUUAUUCGAAUUUAUUAGAAUGGUCAAGCAGAAAAAAAGAUGGAGCAAUGUAGUUUGGGGAGACAAGAUUUAUUUGUGGCUUUUAGGUGCUUUGGGUAUCUAUAGGCCUUAUGGAUCUGUUCCAAGACCUUACAAUUGGUUCCACAGAACCCUUAUAGUACUCAUUCUCGUUUUGAGUUGCAUUCUUCAAGGAAUGCAAUCAGCUGCAGUUAUGCCAGAAUUUUUUGAUCAAAUGGAUACUGUAAGAUUCACAAUCAGCGCUAUUCAACAAGUAGUUUUCAAUUUCAUUCCUCUUGUAUGUUAUAUUGCAUUGAUAUUGGCUGUUAAGGCAAGCUACAAGAGAUUGUUUGUCAACUACAAACCACCAAUUCCAACAGAAGUUGAAGUUCAAGAAGAAAAUGCUAGUCUCAUUAACUUUUAUCAAACUCAAAUUGAAAAGGAAAAUGAAAGUGUGAACACAGCAUCUCCAGUAUCUGAUCUUUCUGAACAAUCUUUUAGAAAAAAGAAGCGUAAGCAUGCCUUUGAUUGGAAGAAGGAUACUCAAAAGACUGGUCUUCAAAGAAGUAUCCAUAAUAGAAGAGCAUUGGCAGGUGUUAUUAUUUCUGUAUUGAUUUUGGCAUCCUCUUAUGUUAUUAUUAUUUUUGAUACCAUGUACUUUAUUGAUUCUAAUAUUGAUAUUGCAGCCACUACUAACCAACCUAUUGGAUUGGAUACUAUAUCAAGUGCUAUUUUCUACAUGAUGCAUUGGCUUUUAAACAUGUCAAUUAUGACCAUGGUUUUGCUCACUGUAUUCUUACUUUGUAACAGAAUUAAUUCUUAUCAGAAUACUUUCUUUGAAACAUUAUACCAUCAGUUAGAGAGAGCUGUUUUCAAUUUGCAAACUGGUGUCUACAGUUAUGUUCACCUCAGAAAGGAAUGCAAACGUUUGGUGAGAUAUUCUUGGAUUUUAACAAUUUCCUAUAUUAUUAUUUUCAGUGGAAUGUGUGUCAAUCAAGUUUUAAUGGUUUUGUGGGGAGGCUCAGAAUUCAAAUUCUUUAUCUAUUAUGUAGCAGUUCUUGUUGUAAUGCUUGUUCUCAUUACACACGUCAGUUAUACAAGUAAUCACUGGACCAGUUUCAGAUUUGAUGACUUUUUAGCAGCAGUUCCUCACUCAAUUACCUAUGAUUAUGGUAUUUUCUUUGUUCCUGGAGCUAAUAAGAAACUUUCACUUCCAAAAACUGAAAUUAAUGACAAUCUCAGACUCAAUGAUGGUGCAUUCCCAGCUGGAGAAAGCAAGGAUAAAGCUGAGCAAUUGUUGAGAGAUUUAACCUUCUUCCAUAUGUACAUUCGAGAUAGAACCUUUGCUUAUCGUUUCCCACUCGAAAUUCAAAUGCAAACCUAUGUCGUAUUGACUGCCAUUGGUUUAUUGGGUUCCUCCUACGCCUUACUCAAAUAUGUUUCAAACUCAUUCGAAACAUCAUACUAUUAUCAAUAUUUGUAG